CACUCCUUUUUCCUCGCCCGCAUCCGGCCAUCCCGCAUCCCGCACGGCACGGCACGGCCGCCGGCCCUCCCGCCCACCUCCAGUCCAGCGCCGGCGCCGGUGGUCACCGCUCCAUGGCUCCAUGGCCGCCCCGCGCCUCCGUGGCCUCCUCCUCCGCCGCAUCCCGCACGGUCGCCGGCUCUGCCGCAGGCAUCCCGCACGGCACGGCACGGCCGCCGGCCAGCUCCAUGUCCGCCCCGCGCCUACGUGGCCUUCUCCGCCGCCGCAUCCCUCACGGCCGCCGGCUCUCCCGCAGGAUCGGAUCCCACCCACCUCCACCUCAGCGUCGGUGCUCACCGCGCCAUGGCCGGCCCGCGCCUCCACCGCCUGCUUCUUCGCUGGACCGAAUCCUGCCGCCGGCCAGCGCCAGUGCUCACCGCGCCAUGGCCGCCCUCCCUCGCUUGCUCGCGCCGCCCGUCCGCCGCCCGUCCACCACGGUGCGCUGCCCGUUCUUGGCCGUCUGUUUCGGCCGACCGGCGGCCGCCGAUACGACGUCUUCUGGGCGCUGGGACGCAGACCGGGCGCGGUUCCGUUGCUGCUGCCCCAGGUCGUCGAGGAACAGUACUGUCAGGCUGGGCGGACCCCCUUCCUCUGCUCCAAGCCUCCAGGUGCAGUUGGGAUGCAGGCCAUCCGCCCUUUGUCCACCGGUGCCAUUGCUCUGCUCCAUCCUCUGGCCACCGGCGUCGUUGCUCUGCUCCACUGCCGUCAUCGUUUGCGAGGAACCCGGUUUUAUCCACGUCUUCCCCAGGUCAACAGAGCCGCAUUUAGUUCACUGCUUCUGACUAAGCUUCUUGAUGUGGAGCUGCAGGUCGUUGAUGAUUGACUGUUCACUUCCUCUCCCCACGAUCUCCACAAGUAACUGACUUAUUGAUCUCCACAAGUAACUGACUUAUUCCCAUUUAAAUUGGGUGCUCCACAACCCAUUUCAUUCCCAUCGUCCUCCAUAGCAGUCAUACAGCUACCCCUGCUUUGGACUUCCUCAGGUACUGGACAAAAUUGGACACCCGGCCUCCCAUCUUGGUUGUUCUUCCCCUGCUGCAUACCCAGACGCCUUGGAUUGACGGCUCCUGUAGGUAAAUAUUGUUGCCAUCUAUUGCUUACUCUAAAGUUUUGUGUACUUUGUUCAUAUCUGAAUUUAACUGCUAUUUCUGAAUUUUUGUAUGCUUCGCUACAUUGAAUACUUAGCUCUGCUUUUCUUUAUCUGUUCUGAAUUUUUGUUUGUCUAUCCAAUUUAAAUUCAAUAUGGUACAAGAAUCCAUAUGCCUCGCAUUCAUCCCCUGCAUUUUACAGAGUUUUUAGGAGGGUAUUCUUUAGUCUCUUCACGCCAUCGCCUUGCAUUUGUCCAAAUCUGAAUUUACUUUUGUCAAUUGAACCUGUAUUCUUCAGUUUUAGUUUUUUAUAUGGUAUGAGAAGACAUACACCUUGCAUUGCACCCCCUUAUAUAGUUUGCUUUAGUAUCUUCGUGUCGUUUAUCUGUUCUAUCACCUUGCGUUUGGUAGACUUGCCGACAUGGAUAGGGCAGAAAGCUCUUCGCAUAAUUCAGUUGGACGAAAACGUCGUCCAUCAUUACCUAAUCCUCCUCCUCGAGUAAACCCAUAUGUUGCUGCCCAGAACCGCCGUAUGCGUCUGGAACUCAUGGUUCAAAAAGGAAAAAGAGGUUUGUUAGGCACAUUAUAUUCCUCCGAUGUUAUCUUCGUUACAAUAUGUCUUGCGAUUUAUUUCACCAUCUACUUCUUCAUAUCUAUAGUCCUCUUUCGAAAAGCAUAGAUAGUCCUCUUUCGAAAAGGCAAAAGCAAAGCGAGAGUAUGUAUUACUUCCCAUUACCUAUAGUUGAAUAUCUUGCCAGUGAAUUUUCCUGUUCAUAUAUUUAAAAUUCUAAAUAUUUCUGUACCCACUAAUGCAGACAAUAAAAAUGCAGCAAACAACUAUGAAAAGACAGACUAAAAUGAAAGUGCAUACAAGGGUAUCGUAUAUUAUGUACCUCGGUUUUUUUAUUCAAACAUUCAAAACUUCUAAUAUAUGUUGCAUUUCUAAAACUACUAUGUAUCACACUUCAUGUAGGCAACUCCCACAAUGCUCAUACUGGCAGCUUCUACAAUGCUCAUACAGCCAACUUCCACAAUGCUCCAAACGACAAAUAAUCAAGAAUGUUCAACUUCCACAUUGCUUUGACACUGCCAGCCGACAACAAUAAAUUUUUUUGUUGCUCAAAUUCUAUUGUCACCGAGAAUGUUCUCAUACCCAGUACCUUAAAUUGUAACUGAGAUGUCUACUCGUGCGUACUUUUGGUUCCAUGCAAGUGCCUUCAGAGUUUUCUGGCUAUAUUUGCAAUUUUGUGCUUAUCAACAAUGUAUACAAUCCUAUAAAUGGGCCAUAAUAUUUUCUUUGUAAACUAUACUAUCGUGCAUGCAUGUAAAUAUUGAUUCCUACAUUAACACCUCAAA